UCCAGCCGGAAUUGUGGACUUGUGAUCGAGGAAACAUACUAGUAUGUACUAGACUAGACAUAGCGACUAGAAGAUGGUUCAAAAUAGAUAUCCUCUGUAACUGUGGAGCCAGAGAAGAAUACUAGUAUUGAGUACUCCGUAGGGAGUGCCUCCAUAAGUACAGGACAGGACAGAAUAGGAAAGUGGUCAUUAGGUCAUGUGACCGCAGCCUUGCAGCCAAAUGAUUCGGUGAUUGCAAUUUGGCUGCAGGAGUCGGUGUCCUUUUUCUCUGCUUACCCCUCGUCAGUCUUUGAAGAAGACAGACAAAAACGUCAUUAUCGCCAACAUGACGGUUCAGAAGUCCUCCUCUUCGAACACGGUCGCAGACCAGCUCUCGGGGAAUCCCAACCCUCCUCCUGCCCCAGCGACUCAGUCCCAGCCAAAUCCCCCACCCAAGAAAGGGAAAGACAAGAAGAUUUUCAGCUGUCACUCCUGCCGGCGCCGGAAGCUGAAAUGCGAUCGAUUCGACCCGUGUGGUGCCUGCGAGGCUCGCGGAGAGGGGAAUUCGUGUACUUGGGAGGAGGGUCAGAGACCAGAACGAAACCACCGCGAAAGCCUCGAGCAACUACCGAAACUGAUCCUCAAGUUGACGGAGGAAAUCCAGCAACUCAAAACGUCAAAUUCGGCCUUGAUUGAGAACAUCAAGAGUCGAGGCAAGGAGCUUGCGGGGGGUCUGGACUUGACUCCGCUCGAUUCCAGACCCCAGUCCCACGAUGGCUCGGACAAUAAUUCCGCACACUACAUCGGCUGGGACUUCCUAUGCCAAAUCCCUGAUCGCAAACAGUGGACACCAUCGCGGCUGAUCGCAUUGUUACCGGAAAGCCAAUUGUUGUGGGGCUUGAUUUCACAUUACAUCUCCACAUCUGCGUCGCUAACCGGCUUCAUCGAUGUGCAACGACUCAUUGGCGAUGUCGAGGAGGUUCAACAACUGCGACAAGGUCUGGACCUGGCGAGCUCAUCUACAACGGUGGGACAGCUCGAUAUCAAGAUUUCCAUGAUCUUAGCGUGCGCCAGUCUCGCGGUAGUGGACCUGACCCCAAUGCAAGCGCAGGAGCUGGGACUGGCCAAUACAGACAUGGACGCUCUGGUUCGUGAUUUGUGGAAGCGCUCGCGGACGUUGAUCGCGUCCUCCGAUCUCGAUCCAUUCCCUCCUGUCACAAAAUGCAUCCUUCCUGACGGCCGAUCGCAAGCACCGGAUACCAACAGUGGCCUUCUCCAACAAAACGGAAUCCCUACCGCCGCUGCAGCAGAUAAUAACCCACUGCAGGUUGUUGCCAUCAAACUUCUCCUCCUGCUCGCGGCGCGAUCCUUUGCCGCCCCAUCAGAGUACCUCAAAUUGCACUUGGACGUCAUAUCUUCCGCCAUCGAUGCCUCGCUUGACUCUUCUUGCGACGACGGAAUUCCUCUGAUGGAUCGGGAAUGGCGCUGGCAAUUGUGGUCCUUUAUCUGUCUGCUAGAUUGGACCUCACCGGGCAUCUACCACAACAGCAGCUACUUCAUGCGGCCAGAGAUGCAUCGCAAUCCACCCUCCAAAGUUCCCGGCAUCCCCGACGACGGCACCGCCCCCUCCGCCAUCGAGCCCGAGCGGCGUGAUCGCCUCGGCCAGACGAGACAUUACCUGGAGUAUGCAUUAGCUCUGGCCCACCUAUCCCGCCGCGCGGAGGACUGCAUCAUCCUGCCUGGGCCCGUCUCGCCCGCCCAAGCUGCCGAGCUCUGUACGGAGCUCGACGCCCUGGACAAUAAACUGUCCUUUUACCAGUUACUCGGGGGUAGCAUUCUUCCGGAUGGUAGCGCUUUCAAUCCCGGUGCUAUGCCGGGGGAUCGCACCACGUCCGGCACAGGGGACCACCUAGCCGCGCACAAGUACAAGUACAACAGCACGGAGCAUCGACUGCUCUCGCUGGCACGCGCGCCCCUCAUCCAGAACAUGCACCUGAGCCUUGAGCUCGGCCUGAUUCGAUUUAAACUCUUCCGCCACGAGGCCUUCCAUCUCAUGCACGCACCGAGUACCUCCGGGGCCCUGCGCAUGAUGUGUCUGGACGCCUGCAUGGACGCUUGUAUUCUCGUUCUCGCGCAGUGCUGGAGCAUCGGAAACCGCGACGUACCGGGAGUGGUCGAAGCGCAGGCGCAGCAGUCGCAAAUGUACUUAAACCCCCCAAGCGAGUCCAAAUCUCCCUGCACGGGAACUCUACGACGGGUGCUGCAGCCUGCAUCGUCGGCGGCGUUGGUCGGUCAGGUACUAUUACAUGCUGCCCAGGGGACCGAGGUGAUGGCAGGAACAGGACACGGGACCGGAAAGGGCAAGCAGUUCCAGAGCGAUUUAGCAGGAGAGUCGAGGGGUAAUUCUGCGACGGCGGAAUUUUUCGCAUUUCUGGAGGGAGGCGGCGGGGAGUUUGCGUCGAGUGCGAGUGGGGCAACUGCCAUCUCGGCGGCGCAAGGGCCGUACACGGCAGCCACAGCGGGGGGUGGCGGCGGCGGCUCGUGGAGCGGGCGGAUGAGCCGGGAAAAAGUCAAAGUCCUACAGUGGCAUAUCAACAAGGUCUUGACACUGCUGGAGGCACUGCAAGGGACCUCCUCGCUUGCGCGGUACAAGCUCAGUCUUUAUCAGCAGUGCAUGUAA